CAGUCUGCAAGAGAAAAGGAACAACCAACACAGAAGAUCAUCUACCUUGAAACAGAGAUUAACGGUUAGUUUUAUGUGGUCACGCAUGCAUGAAAAGAAAAGUGCGCGCGGACUAGGAAGCCAUUUUACUAAGAGUUGCCGAUGCUCAACUGACAAUAAGUCGUUUACCCCCUCCCUCCUCCCUCCUGCUUCUCGUUCCGUCAUAGUUCCGUCUUUUGUGUUUUCCCGGUUAACUUUAUCACUCAGACCUUGAAUUUGUUCAAACGUUUAUAAUAAGUAAUUGUAACAUUAAUUUGUGUUUUAACAGCUAAAGAGAAGGAGAUUGGCUUUCUUAGGCAAACUCUCUUUGAAAAUGACAAAGACAUUGCCGAUCUUAAAGAAAAACUGUCUCAGCUAAAACAAACUGUGCAAACAACUCAAUCUGAUUUUGUCAAGCACAUGGCAUCAAUAGACGAAAAGCUACAGGAGGCAAAUAAGAACAUUGCCGAGCUCGAAGGGGGCCUUAAUUUUACUGUCAAGAAGAAUAAAACAGAAGCAGAAGAGUCCCGGAGCAAACCACAAACGGUUAAUGGUGAGUAUGCAAAGCGGGAUGGCGUCGUAUCAACUGAGUGGUGACAACGCGGUUGAUACGAAGGCCUCGUCUUUGUGAACUCAUUUUAUGUUCCAGGAAAGCGUUAGGGCACGUAAUUAGAGAGGAAAGAGGGGUCUACAUCACCUAUCACUGAAAAUAAAUUGGUUAUUUCACAAGCUAAGUAAAAUGAAACAUACUCAAAAUCAACGAAAUCAGCAUUUACGGGCCUGACUUAAAAGUGUUUCCCAUUUCUCUAAAGGCACAACUUGUAAAUACCAUUUUCCAUCCUCAAGACAAGAAGAACAAUUUUACUCUAGCAACUUUUCAAUAAUCUUUUGAUUAUAUUAAGAGUUCUUCCAUGCACUUUGAUUUUCAUUUCUUCUUCUUCUUCUUUUUUUUCGUUUUUUUUCUCAACCAGGCAAAGUUUACUUUGACUUUGAACCAUCAUGGUUUGACACUCCACCCAACAACCGUGGAUGUUUCAAAGUUGAAAACUUUCCAGUUACAGCAAAAGAUCUUGAAGCCUUAAGGAAUGUUAAAUCAAAUUCGAGGGCCGUCACUGAGCAAGCUAAAGGUACGAAGAAGGAAAAAUACGAUUCCUCCACAGUCCACAUCUGCACGAAAGCAGUGUAGUCUUAUAAGUCACAAACAGCUAGAUACCUACGAUUGAUAACAUGUUCUUCCGUACAUCGGCUUUGAUUUUUUAAUUUUUUUUUUAUCUAGGCAAAGAUUAUUUUGACCAUCAACCAUCGUGGUUUGACACUCUAUCAAAAAACGCUGGAUGUCUUGAAGUUGAAAAUGUUCCA